CCUGCUCAGGCUCGGCCAUAACUGCAAUCAACCUUUCUGGCGUGGGAUUGAAUGGUACUCUUGGUUACCAACUGUCCAGUCUAGUCGCACUGAAAACGAUGGACUUGAGCAGCAACAACCUGCAUGAUGUAAUUCCUUAUCAGUUACCACCAAAUCUUAUCCAUCUGAAUUUGGCGAGAAAUAACUUUUCUGGUAGCAUUCCAUACUCUAUAUCCAACAUGUUAUCACUUGGCUACCUCAAUGUCAGCCACAACUCGCUGUUUCAGGAAAUUGGUGAACUAUUUGGGAACCUCAAUUCCCUAUCUGAAUUUUAUAUACAAAAUAAUCAACUCUCGGGAACAGUCAGUGUCCUCGGCAACUUAAGCCUUACUACAUUAAAUAUAGCUAACAACAACUUCAGCGGCUUGAUACCAGGGGCACUCAGCUCGAUUCCAAAUUUGAUAGUUGGAGGAAACUCAUUUAUCAAUAUGCCUGGAUAUCCACCACCCAUUGCCAUGCCACCAUCUCAGAGUCCACUUGAUCAGCCAGACUAUCCUCAAGGACCAACAAGUUUUCCAGAUCGCCCUGACCCUGAGAUCACUAUCGAUGAAGGUGACAAGAAGCAAGGUCGGCAAACAGGUGUGCUUGUCGGGUUGGUUGUUGGCUCAGUAGCUGCUGCUUCAUGUGUACUUUUCGCGUUGGUAUUCUGCCUUCACAGUGCCCAUAAAAGAAAGGAUGGUGGUACCAGCGAACCAAAAGACUUUGUAGAUGCUCUUGCAGUAAACACAGACAGAGAUUUUAAUAACAACGUCCAGCAGAACACUCCUGUAGCUUCAGUGCUCCCGCGGUCUACUGGGACUCCUGAGAGGGUAUAUGGUAUAAAUGGUUCUCCAGCAAAAAAGAUCAAGGUUCCUGGCGCGGCCACUUCUUAUACUGUUGCUUCUCUCCAAGUUGCAACAAACAGUUUCUGUCAAGAUUCCCUCCUAGGCGAGGGUUCACUUGGUCGUGUUUACAAGGCUAAUUUCCCCAAUGGACAGGUAUUUGCUGUGAAGAAGAUAGACAGUGCUUCACUUUCCUUGUAUGAAGAAGAUCAUUUUCUUGAGGUUGUGUCGAGCAUUACUCGGCUUAGACACCCAAACAUUGUAUCGCUUACGGGUUAUUGUGUUGAACAUGGGCAAAGGCUUCUUGUGUAUGAACGCAUCACAAACGGAACACUGCAUGAUAUGUUGCACUUUUCUGAUGAAGAGAGCAAGACCCUUACAUGGAAUUCCCGCGUGAGGAUAGUGCUAGGCAUUGCUCGAGCUUUAGAGUACCUGCAUGAGGUGUGCCUGCCCCCUGUUGUACAUAGAAACCUUAAGUCAUCAAAUAUCCUGCUUGAUGAAGAGUACAGCCCACAUCUGUCUGACUGUGGGCUUGCUGCAUUUUCACCAAAUCCUGAGAGAGAGGUUUCAACUGAGGUGGUUGGCUCAUUUGGAUAUAGUGCCCCAGAGUUUGCCAUGUCAGGAACAUAUAGUGUAAAGAGUGACGUGUACAGUUUCGGAGUAGUGAUGCUAGAGCUACUGACAGGCCGUAAACCGCUAGAUAGAUCACGAGAGAGGCCGGAGCAGUCCCUUGUCAGAUGGGCAACCCCGCAGCUUCACGACAUCGAUGCGCUCGCCAAGAUGGUUGAUCCAUCAAUGGAUGGGAUGUACCCCGCAAAGUCUCUCUCCCGUUUCGCUGACAUAAUUGCAUUGUGUGUCCAGCCGGAACCGGAGUUCCGUCCACCGAUGUCCGAGGUUGUCCAGCAACUCGUACGCCUGUUGCAGAGAGCCAGCAUGUUAAGGCGACAAUCGGGGGAUGAUCUAGGGUCUUCAUACCGGGUUAUGGAGCGUGAAGCGAGUGCAUGGGACACCUUGUGAGACCAUGCUAGAACUGGGACCUGGACAACACUUCAGCCUUCAGGAUCUGCAGAGCUGGAUCGGAACAUACUACAAUCACUUUUGAGUAUUAUACACUGUUCAUUUUUUACAGCGUUUUAUGUCUGGUAUUUAUAGAUCUGGUUAUCACUUGGACCAAAUAUACUGUGAAUUUUGUGAAUGGCUUGUAUAGAUAAAGAAUUCUGUUUUGCGUGAUCGGUUGUAUAGAUAAA